AUGAAAGAAGCUGAAACAUCAUUGGGAAUAAGGAAUCUAGAUGGAAUUAACGAUGUAGCGGUAUCAGACUUUCUUAAAUCCGUUGAAGUGGUUUUUAAACUGGUUACGAACAGAACAUUUUCCGUAUGGCUGUGGCCAGAUUGGAUCUACAAAUUAUCCUGGCAAUAUAGACAUUUCACAAAACAUAAUGACAAAAUUAUAAAUCUUACAAACAAUAUUAUACGAAAAAAACGCAAUGAAUUAAAACAUGUUGAUUUAGAUGCUUACGAAAAUCAAACAGUUUUUGGGCAAGACGAUAAAGUGGAUUCAUUUCUAGAUCAUCUUAUACUAUUAUCCCAGCGACAGAAUGGUUUCACAGACACAGAACUGCGUGAAGAAAUUACAACGUUUAUACUAGCUGCUACAGAUACAACGGCGAUUGCAAUUUGUAACACGCUUUUAUUAUUAGGAAAAUAUCCAAAAAUUCAGGAAAAAGUUCAUGAAGAAUUAGUACGUGUAUUUGAGAACGCCAAUGAAAAAUUAUUUAAAGACAUUUUAAAUGAUUUGAAAUAUCUGGAUAUGGUUUUGAAAGAGUCUCUUCGUCUUUAUCCACCUGUACCGAUGAUUACUCGGAAGGUAACUGAAGAAAUUAAACUACCAUCAUCUGGCUAUACUAUUCCUGUUCAAACUGGUUUAAUUAUUUCAAUUUGGGGUGCACAUCGUGACCCCAAUUACUGGGGGCCUGACGCUGAUUGCUUCAAACCGGAGAGAUUUGAAGCUGGAGGUAAAACUGGGCUCUUCAUUCCAUUUAGUACAGGACCAAGAAACUGCAUUGGUUACCAAUAUGCAAUGUUAACAGCGAAAAGUGUUAUUGCUUCAGUUCUACAUCAAUUUAAAGUUGUCGCUGAAGAAGAAGAUGGUCCAAUUCCUAAAAUUGAAUGUAAAUUCUCUCUGAUGUUAAAAGCUAAGCAUGGUUAUCCUAUCAAAUUAGAACUUAGAUAAUGCACUGUUUGAAAAUUAUUCUAUAAAAAUUAAUCUUUAUAUUGAAUUAAGUGUAAGUACAGUAAGCAUUAAAUCAAUCAUUAAAUGGUUUUGGUUAAGCCAUAUUAUUUGAUUUUAUUAUUCUAAAGAUCUUAAUAAAUGUAUUUUUCCUAA